AUGCGCCGCACCUAUGCAUACAGGUUGACCUCCUGGGAGAAGAGAUCUCGAAAUCAGCAUGGUUUCCGGGACCUGAAGCACUACGAUCUCACGGCCUUCCACCUAGAACAUCUGUCCAAGUCAGGCGAAUUCACGGUUGACAUUCGAGAGUGGAACUCAAACGUAUUUGACGAGUUCCCUGGCGACGAUUCGACAAAAGUCACCUUCCUCUUCCUUGACACGACCGACGGCGACCCAGAAAAGGCACCGGAGCCCUGGGUGCAAGCAUUGCAACUCAAAGACAGAAGAAAUAUCAAUCUCUACCCAAACCAACGAGAAAUGGAGGCGGAGCAGGGGAAGGUGGAGCUGAUCCGAGUCUUGGACACCAUCGCAAAAACCGCUACAGAGUGGAAAUUCCAGUUCAGACCCAAGACUUGCUUCGGAACAGGCAUCUGUCCGCUGUUUGAGGAGCAAACCACAGUAUACAAACGCUCCUGGAGCGCAACUUCAUCCCAUGUGCGCAUCCGAGACGAAAGACAGUCUUCUGUACCAUGCUUUCCACUUGUUGACAAGCCGAAAAGCUUUAUCACGACGAAACGGAAACGAGGGCAGGUGUCCACCGAGGAGUACACCGUCAAUGUACCUUGGUUUCACCAGGAAUACAUAUCUUUGGCGGCUGAAGGGGAGUUCCGCGUAUUCCUUACCCCAGGGAGCAGCUCGAAAGGAGUGGUCUUCCACUGGGUUCAUACUGCUGUUAACCGCAACAACCCAAAAGUGAAAGAUAUCGUUCUUGUUACCAAGCCAUCCGGAGACGACAGCGAAGAGUUCACGGGAAAUAGUACAACUGAGGAGCAGCUCAAAAGAUUUGCACUCUACUACUACGAGAGGUUGCGGAAAUUGCUACCGGGCAUGUCCUUCGACGAUGGCGUUCGCCUGGACAUUGGAGCCAGUGGGGAUGGGAGGCUUUGGGUCAUUGAAGUUACUCCAUGGUACUCGGCCCAUUACUUUUCAGAAACCAGUUUGCCUUGCCCAAAUACACAAGUCUGCAAGGCAUUCGCUACAUCUUUGGCACGUUCUUUGACACGUUCCAAAGUCACAAGUUUGUAA